AUGUCGAAGCCCCGCGACUACAGCAGCCAGUCCUACUCGCCCGCCAGAUCCGGGCCCGCCAAGAGCUUCCCCGCCAAAUCCACCGAGAGGGACGACAUGGUGGGACUCAACGACAAGUUCAUCAUGCUCAUCGAGAAGAUGAAGCACCUGGAGGAUGAGAACAAAAAGCUGGACACCAAGCUGAAGAUCCUGAAGGAGCACGAGGACUAUGAGGAUAAGAUCGACCAAAUCGUCAAGCAGCUGGAGGAAGAGCUGAAGCAGCAGAUCCAAAAGUUGCUCAAUGACCAAGAGAAGCUGAAGGCAGAGCUUCACCAGAGCCAGGAGGAGGUGGAGGACACGAAGAGGAGAUAUGAGGACGAGCUGCAGAGAAGAGCCGAAUUGGAGAACGACUUCAUUCACACCAAGAAGGAAGCAGAUGACGGACACCUGAAGGCAGUCGACUUGGCUCUGGAGGCGGAGGAUCUGAUCGGAAAGCUGGACUUCCUCCGGGCUGGCUUUGAUGAGGAGGUGAAAGAGCUGGAGUCUCUCAUCCAGAACGAGACAGUUAUUUUACAGGACAACAGUCAAAGAUCCCUGGACAUGGACGAGAUCAUCGAAAGUGUCAAGGCCCAGUACGGCAACAUGGCUACUCGUGCCAAGGACGAGGUGGAGCACUGGAACCAGAGAAAGAUGGACGUCAUGAUGUUGAAAGCAGGCCAGCGAGAGCAAGAUGUUCGUGAUAAUAGAAGGGAGAUCUCCGACAUAACACGUCUCAUCCAGAGACUCAAUGGUGACCUGGACCUCCUGGCCAGAAAGGAGGAAGCCUUGAAGAAGGAAACGAUUGAGACCAUCACGGAGAGUGACAGAAGCCUAGAGAAGGCUCGUGAAGACAUCCUGCGGCUGGAGGAGGCCUUGAAGAGGACCAAGCAGAACCUGGCAGGACAGAUCCGGGAGCACCAGGAGCUGAUGAACCUAAAGCUGGCGCUUGAUAUUGAGAUAGCGACUUACCGUCGGCUGCUGGAGGGCGAGGAGCAAAGGAUGAAGGAGCUGAUGUGCAAUGCAGAUUUUUGAACAAAGCAAGCCCCGUGCUCACAGGCUCUCGACUGCAAGACAGACAUCAGAAUCCACCGUGUCCUCAGGAGGCAGUUCAUCACAAGUGAUUUCCAACC